GUUUCUGCACAUCAGCCCCGAGCGAGCAGAGUCCGUCUCCAGAGUCCGAACUGGAAGCACAAACCCGGGAUGUAAAGAGGAGCCCUGGACACGGAUCUACCCACAAUCUUUGUGAUUUACUUUUUAAAGAAAAGUGUUUUUUUUCCUGCUUUAUCUCCUCGGAUCUAUUUGUGCAUUUUCUCCCUGACUCUCCGCUUCUGAUCCAGGCUGUGGGGAUCUGAUCCAGGCUGUGGGGAUUUCAUCCACAGUGUACUUUGUGUCUCAUUCUGCAUUUUCUUGCAAGAAAAUGAAGUUUUAAAGUUGUUGGCACAGAAUGACGCAGCCGGAGUGAAGAAGAUAUUCCAGUCCUCAUCACAGAUCACAUGGCUUCACCUUGACUCCGCCCCCCUCUGUCUCUCCUCUUAAUGGGGAACUCCUGAUCCUCGAUGGUUUACCACAGAAACGCCAUUUUGCUGUCUCUCAACCUGUAAGAGUCCGUUCAUAAAGCUCCCACCCCAUCACCACCAUGGCAGCUUCCCCAGACGCGCCCUGCCUGUCGGAGCUCGGCGGACUCCCCAACAGGAACAUCAGCCUCAUCUCCAGCACCCGCCCCUGCAACCGGAGCACCGUCAGGACCUCGCCUUACACCCCGCAAGCCACCGCCGCCUUUGCCAUCGCCAUCACCUUCAUGAUGCUCCUGACCAUCGUCGGGAACAUCCUAGUCAUCAUCGCCGUCCUGACGUCGCGCUCGCUAAAGGGCGCUCAGAACCUGUUCCUGGUGUCGCUGGCUGCUGCAGAUAUCUUAGUGGCCACGCUCAUUAUUCCGUUCUCGCUGGCGAACGAGCUGCAGGGCUACUGGGCGUUCAGCUCCAUCUGGUGUGAAAUCUACCUGGCGCUGGACGUUCUCUUCUGCACCUCCUCCAUCGUGCACCUGUGCGCAAUAGCACUGGACCGCUACCUGUCGAUCUCCCGGCCCGUGUCCUACGGUGCCAAGCGCACUCCCGUACGCAUCAAGGCGGCCAUUAUCGUCGUCUGGCUGAUCUCCGCGGUCAUCUCCUUCCCUCCUCUUCUCACCCUCGACAAGAGCGAGGGAGGUGAAGAGGUGUGCGAACUCAACAACGAACGCUGGUAUAUUCUCUACUCCACCAUCGGCUCGUUCUUCGCCCCGUGUGUGAUAAUGAUUCUGGUGUAUAUGAGGAUUUAUCAGAUCGCCAAGCAGCAUACACGCUGCCCGCCCGGACAGAAGCACAAAGCGGUAGCGGGAGGAAACGCAGUUGUGGCAACCAGCGAGCCUCCGGUGAAGUUAGAGUCAGAAAAGAACGGGGAUCAAGGAGGUACGACUGCCUGCCAACAAGAUAAAGUCCUGAACAAAAUGUCUGGCUCACAUUCAGCCGUGUUAUGGCAUCGAAACCCGCCUGGCAACAUCCCGAGCCAAGACUGCCCUCCUGAUUCGAGUGCAGCUCCGGCAAUCCCCCAAAUCCUUUCAGCUGUUCCCCACAAAGAGCCCCAGACGAAUCCCGACGAAGGCGGCGAGGCGCCUCCCGACAACUUCUCGAGCUCCGGCUCCGACUGCGAGCUGGACGGGAAAGUAGAGACGAACAAGGCUGACGAACAAAAUACGGGAGCAAGCAAAGGGUUUAAAGUUCAGGUGCUGAACCUGGCCUGCAGGUACAGAAACACUAUGGCCACGUCAUCCGGCACCAAACUGGUACACGAAGAAACACCUAAGAUCCAGGGGACGCCCAUUUCACGCCGCAAAGCCAUGGUGAACCGGGAGAAGAGGUUCACCUUCGUGCUGGCUGUUGUGAUGGGAGUGUUUGUGAUCUGCUGGUUCCCCUUUUUCUUCUCUUACUCUCUCCAGGCUGUGUGCCCCGAGACCUGCAGCAUCCCAAACCCCUUGUUUAAAUUCUUCUUCUGGAUUGGCUACUGCAAUUCCUGCCUCAACCCGGUCAUAUACACCAUCUUCAACAAUGAUUUCAGGAAGGCCUUCAAGAGGAUACUGUGCCGGGACACAAAGGGUACUUUCUUCUAGACAGGAACGUGGUAUUAUGUUCUGAACUGCCGGUGGACAGAAGGACCGUUUAUCUGAAGAUAAAAAUGAUUUCUUUCUCUCUGAAUUUGACCGGGAUUGACCCUCUGAAGCAUCGACACAAACACUUGUACAUUAAGAGGAAAUUGCGUCCAUUUUCUUUUCUUCUUGUGUUGGUCUGAACGCCGUUAGCUGAGUCAGAGCCACACUGACAAAGGAGAUUUCAGAAAGCCACAGUCAAGUGGCUGAAUCAAUUAUCUUUAAUGUUAUUUAAGAAUACAGUGUAAUUGUAUAUUCAAUGACUGAAGGAGAGUGAUUUGAUUACAAUUUGAAACGGAAGUCAAGAGGAUACAGGGUCUGUGUUCAGUAAUUUAAAGUACAAACAGAACUACGAUGUGUGUUUGUGUGUGAGUGUAUGCAUGGCAGAGGAGGAGAGUUGCCUGAGGGUCUUACUGGAAGAGAACAAAUAUCACUAAGUGUCCUUUAUCGGAGAUAAAAUGGGCACUCAAAGAACACAAGAUCAGGGAAAAUGUGAGCAUCGUCCUCUCUGUGCCUCUCGCUGUUUUCCUUCUUUGUUUCUUCCUCCAUCUGCGACCUGUAGGGCUGCCGUCCCCGAAUAAAGAUUGUCCCAGUCACGCGUUUAUGAUAUUAACUUAACUCUCUGCUGGCUUUUUUGGGCCCUAAAUGCCUAAUUUCACUUCAGCUUUUUUUCUUUUGCGAUGCAUUUAUGUUUUUACACAUAUUUUGCAAUGAAAUUAAGUGAAAACUGCAAAUAUAAUUGCGAUUAUUAUUGUUAUUUUUUGUAUAAUUCAUUAAAAAUCAAGGACAACUUCUUCCAGUGAGAAUAAAAUCGCACUGUUUGGAUUUCUGCAUUUCACAGCACGGAACAAGGAACUGAGUUUGACUCAGGAAACUACAAAGAUUGAUCAAAUUUGCGGAACGAUUGCUGUGAUUGGAUAACAAUAUACACGUACCUGUUAAAUGUUCAACAUUAAUGAUUCUGAAGGAGACUGAACAUUUAGUUAAUUUAUUCCAACACAGUGUAACAUCACACAGUCUGGGUGUUCAACACACAGAAUAAAUAACUUCCAACUUCACUGAAACAAAUCCCGGUGGACUGAUCGAUACGAUGGAUGAUGGAUAACGUUAACAGUUACUGAAAGAUUAACUGGUUUCAUUGCUCUCCUGUCGCUGCCUGAACCCGCUGAGUCUUCAUCCCCAGAGUCAGAGUACUGGUCGGAGCCUUCGUCGGUCUCUGAGACUUGAGCUCUAGUGAUGUGAACAGACGUCCCUCUGGCCUUUGAGCUCUCAGUACGGUUAGAGUCAGCUAAUAGGACUGCUAUAAGUAGAUAAUAGCAGCUAGUACAGUUAGCAUACAAAAGGUUUGUGUUGCCACAGAGUUUGACGUUAUUUCUUUCUCUCAGACUGAUGAAAAGUGGGUCGAAUAAGACUCUCAGUGGUACUCGAUUAAUAUUCCCCCUUUGUGAUAUGUUUUCAGCCAGGUACCCUCUGACAUUUUUAAUAGAAAGAAAAAGGUUUUAUAAACGCCUCAUUACAGAUGUUUAAAAUCAAUAAAUUCAUAGCAAAAACACAAAGACGACAUUAAGUUUAAAUGUGGUUCAUUGAACCUACAGUGUAAUUAUUUUAGGAAUUAUAAGACUGAUAUAACGCUUUUUUUUAAAAUGUCAGAUUCUUUCUGUAGCACUCAAACACCCCCGUUUGAGAACCGCUGCUCUGACUAACACUUUGGUUAGCUGGUUCUUCUUUAUGUACUCCCGUGUGUCUGUGGACCAGUGGAUGUUACUCCUCUCACCGGGAGUUGCUCAUUAAGAUGAUCGCCUGAGGCUUGAACAGGGGGAAAACUAGAGCGUGAGAGGCUGCAUGAAAGAAGGAAACUGUGAGCUGAGCUGUUAUUUCUUCCUCCUCAGGGAGUCGGUGCAUGUGUUGUCGGCCGCGCUGCUGCAACUCGACGAGUGUUUUCAUUCAGAUUUUUGAUUUAUUUGCAAUAUUUAAUGAACUAAAUGGACAGUGAGCUUCGUACCCUUUUCAGUGUGCUCGCUGCCAAAGCAAUACAGACUGUAUCUGAACUCGGCGCUGACCCCGACGAAGAGCAGAAUCCCUGAUGAAGACGAUCCUCCUCUGGUGUGUGUGUGUGUGAGGCUGCAGCUGCAUGUUUUCAAGAAAUGUACUUCUUAUCUUUCUAAAGCCAAUAGAAGCAUCCAGUACUGUAUUCACGUGUAAGAUAACGCUGGUGCUGGAAUCAGCUGUUGUACAGUAUUAGCUUAAAGGAGCUCUAUGUAAGAAUUGGCCACCUGUCCAACAGAUGCUCCAAACAAAUUCGGGGCAGCGUAUCGGCAGACCGUCAGGGUGUCCACUGGAGUUGUUCCGAUACCAAAACAGUAUCAGGAAAUCCUUUGAUACCGCCUAAACUCGGCAAGUAUAUUGGACUGUUCACCGAUCCGACGCCGUGUAGUUCAUUAGCCCCGAAACGGGUCCCAGCUACUUCCCAGCAGGAUGAAUCGGGACAUAGAACAACGACAGCGACGAUAUCGUGUAGUAGUAUACGCUAUUUUAUAAUGCACAUGGUAUCAGACGAUACGCAAAGUUUAGGUAUUGGAGCUAGCGAUGUUCCUGGUGGCUGAUUUCACAUAUGGUAUUUAAAGUUUGGACCCUUGUGGAAACUCGGUCAACUUCCUCCUGUCCUGUAUUUAGAUAUGCUAUAUGCUAAGCUAAGCUAUGUCGAAAAGACAACCACAUUUUGAAGAAUGUCGAGAAAGAACGCGAAGAAAACGAAGAUGUUGUUUACGUGAAUAGACGAAGAGAGAGAUCACUCUGAUUGAUCGCUGACAGCUGAUUAAUAAUGUGAAUCCUAGUUUCUCAGUGUUUCAUGUCAUCCUGAUUUACCUUACUAUAUUUAUCUUCUGUUUAAUUCAUUUAUAACGUUUGAAGAAUUUACAAGAAAGCCCGAAUAAAUAAGAAUUUGUCGUAAACAGCGUUUCACAAAGUUGUUUUAUCACAAACCUCAAAACUUUAAUUUCUACAUAUUCUAUUGAUCAUUUUAGUUACUUUUUUAAUGUUUUAAACUAAAAUUCUUACAUAUUGCUCCUUUAAACAUAAAACAGUAUUCUUGCUUAUUGUUUUAAAGUCCAACUGAAAUUAAAUUGCAUGUUCAUUCCUGAAAAGAUCUGUUAAUUUGUCCUGUGCUCCAUUUUUAAAAACAUUAUUAUUAUCUACAAUCAUGCUAGCAGCUUUAGACGCAGCAGUGCUUUACGCUUUGUGCAAGUUUCAUGCAACAUCUUAAUUUAACAUGUUAGCAUGCUGAUGUAAACUCCCUGGAUGUGGCAGCACUGUGAAGACGGUUAUUAGUCAACAGCACAAAUUUAAACCAACUUGGUGUGAAUCCACUGAUCUCUGUAGAAUUAAAUUCUCAAUCUCAACUGACCUUCUUAAACCUUCUUCCUCCUUCCUGUACUUAGAUAUGCUAUAUGCUAAGCUAAUCAAACAUAUAUUAGCCUAGCAUGUAGCAUCUCUACGUAUAGGAAAGGAGGGAGAUGACCGCGGCUCAACUGUUAUUGGAGCACAGAGCAAAAGAUCCAUCACAAACACUCGACACCAAAGGACCAAAGUCCUUCUUUCAACAUUUAAAAAUAAUAUUAGCGACAAAUUAGAAAAUGUUUUUUUAUUCCUGCAAAAAGGGACAAAUUUAGUGAUUUCAGCUGGACUUUAAGAAUAUGUAUUAAAGUACCACUCAGUAUUGCCUUGUAUCUGCUUGUAUCUUCUAUCUCUGCUCCUGUGCUGUUGUGUCCCAGUGAGAUGCUUUUAUUUUGAAAUCGCCUGAUAUUAAGGGUUGAAUAAAGACAAUAAACACUG